GGCUUGAGCCCUCCUAUUUUUACCCAAGAACCACAAGAUGCUAUUUUUCCUUUGGAUUUGUCAAAAUCUGAAAUAAUCCUGAAUUGUGCUGCUAAUGGUUACCCACUACCUCAUUAUAGGUGGAAGCAAAAUGGCGCAGAUAUUGAUUUUACUAUGAGCUAUCACUACAGGUUGGAUGGAGGCAGUUUGGCAAUCAGCAGCCCUCGCACAGAUCAAGAUAUUGGCACAUACCAGUGCCUGGCCACCAAUUCUCUGGGAACAAUUCUGAGUCAGAAGGCAAAGCUCCAAUUUGCAUAUAUCGAAGACUUUGAAACCAAAACAAGAAGCACAGUGUCCGUCCGAGAAGGUCAAGGUGUGGUGCUUCUCUGUGGUCCACCACCACACUUUGGAGAUUUAUCUUAUGCAUGGAUUUUCAAUGAUAACCCCUUAUAUGUUCAAGAGGACAACAGACGGUUUGUAUCACAAGAGACAGGGAACUUGUACAUUGCCAAAGUGGAGCCAUCGGAUGUUGGCAACUACACUUGCUUCAUAACAAACAAAGAAGCCCAGAGAAGUGUUCAAGGACCACCCACUCCAUUAGUACAGCGCACUGAUGGUGUGAUGGGGGAAUAUGAACCAAAGAUUGAAGUGCGUUUUCCUGAAACUAUUCAAGCUGCAAAGGAUUCAUCUGUAAAACUGGAAUGCUUUGCCCUUGGAAAUCCCGUCCCUGAUAUUAGUUGGAGGAGGUUGGAUGGAAGCCCAUUGCCGGGGAAAGUCAAAUACAGCAAAUCCCAAGCUACCCUUGAAAUCCCGAACUUUCAACAGGAAGAUGAAGGCUUCUAUGAGUGUAUUGCAAGUAACCUUCGAGGAAGAAACCUUGCAAAGGGUCAACUCAUUUUCUAUGCCCCUCCAGAAUGGGAACAAAAAAUCCAAAAUACAUACUUGUCUAUCUAUGACAGCUUAUUUUGGGAAUGCAAAGCUAGUGGAAAGCCAGAUCCUUGGUACACCUGGUUAAAGAAUGGUGAACGCCUCAAUCCAGAGGAAAGAAUUCAAAUAGAAAAUGGGACACUCAUCAUAACUAUGCUGAAUGUGUCAGAUUCUGGUAUCUACCAAUGUGCUGCAGAAAACAAAUAUCAGAUAAUUUAUGCAAAUGCAGAAUUGAGAGUAUUAGCCUCAGCUCCUGAUUUCUCCAAAAAUCCCCUUAAAAAAUAUUCAGUUGUUCAAGUUGGUGGGGAUAUUGUGAUCGAAUGCAAACCAAAUGCUUUCCCCAGGGCCACUAUUUCCUGGAAAAGAGGAAUAGAGAGCCUGAGACAAAGCAAAAGAGUGUUUCUCUUGGAGGAUGGCAGUCUCAAAAUAUAUAAUGUUACCAGGUCGGAUGCUGGAGUAUAUACUUGCACAGCUACAAAUCAGUUUGGUGUUGCAAAGAACACUGGCAGCCUCAUCAUAAAAGAGAGGACUGUUAUUACCGUUCCACCUUCCAAAAUGGAUGUUACAGUUGGCGAGAGUAUAGUCCUACCCUGCCAGGUGUCCCAUGACCCCUCCAUUGAAGUUGUAUUUGUAUGGUCUUUCAAUGGAGAUGUCAUAGACUUUAAAAAAGGAGUGGCUCAUUUUGAGAGGAUUGGAGGAGAAUCUGUUGGGGAUUUGAUGAUAAGGAAUAUUCAGUUAAAUCAUUCAGGAAAAUAUCUAUGCACAGUAAAAACAACUCUUGAAAGCUUAUCUGCUGAUGGUGAUAUCAUUGUGAGAGGUCCCCCAGGUCCCCCAGAGGAUGUAAGAGUGACACAUAUUUCCAGUGCUUCUUGUCAACUAAGCUGGAGACCAGGCUCAGAUAAUAACAGCCCCAUUCAAAUAUUUAGUAUUCAGGCUCGGACACCAUUUUCUGUGGGUUGGCAGGCUGUUUCUACAGUUCCAGAAAUUCUCAAUGGUAAGACAUUCAAUGCAACAGUGGUUGGUUUGAAUCCUUGGGUUGAAUAUGAAUUUCGUGUAGUUGCUGGGAACAGCAUUGGGAUUGGAGAACCAAGCAAGCCAUCAGAGUUGUUAAGAACCAAAGCAUCAGUCCCUGCCAUGGCACCAACAAACAUCAAUGGAGGAGGAGGAAGUCGGUCUGAACUCAUCAUUACUUGGGAGUCAAUUCCAGAAGAACUACAGAAUGGAGAGGACUUUGGAUACAUCGUCAUGCUGCGGCCAGUAGGCUCAACAACCUGGACCAAGGAAAGAGUACCAUCUGUAGAGUCGUCAAGGUUUAUUUACAGAAAUGAAAACAUCAUCCCUCUCUCUCCCUUUGAAGUCAAAGUGGGUGUAUAUAAUAAGGAAGGAGAAGGACCCCUGAGUACUGCAUCCAUUAUCUACUCUGGGGAAGAUGAACCUCAACUGGCCCCAAGGGGAACUUCUGUUCAAAGCUUUUCUGCUUCAGAAAUGGAGGUCUCCUGGAAUGCUAUCGCCUGGAAUAGAAACACUGGAAGAGUUCUGGGCUAUGAGGUUUUAUACUGGACAGAUAAUUCCAAAGAAUCCAUGAUUGGCAAAAUCAGGGUCAGUGGAAACAUCACAACCAAAAAUAUCACAGGCCUGAAAGCUAACACCGUCUACUUUGCUUCUGUGAGAGCUUAUAACACUGCUGGGACAGGGCCCUCAAGCCCUCCAGUCAACGUUACCACCAAGAAGUCCCCUCCAAGCCAACCACCAGCUAACAUUGCCUGGAAGUUGACAAACUCUAAGUUAUGCCUAAACUGGGAGCAUGUAAAAACUAUGGAAAAUGAGUCUGAAGUGUUAGGCUACAAGAUUCUGUACCGGCAAAACAGACAUAGUAAAACUCAUAUUUUGGAAACAAACAACACAUCUGCUGAGCUUCUGGUUCCCUUUGAAGAGGACUACUUGAUUGAAAUAAGAACAGUUAGUGAUGGUGGGGAUGGAAGCAGCAGUGAGGAAAUUAGGAUUCCAAAAAUGUCAAGUUUGAGUUCCAGAGGCAUUUCAGUCUUAGAACCUAGCAUCCAUUUCCUGUCAGUUGUCAUCACAAUUUUUUGUUGUUUUGCUAUUCAGCCACUUAUAUGA